GACGCUAUCAGCGAGAUGGAUGAAUUCUUCACCCCAAUCCACACCUAUCAAGUCUGCAACGUCAUGUCUCCAAACCAGAACAACUGGCUGAGGACUAAUUGGCUCCAGCGGAGUGGGGCACAUCGAAUAUACAUCGAAAUAAAGUUCACUCUCCGAGACUGCAACAGCAUGCCAGGAGUUGUGGGGACCUGCAAGGAGACCUUCAACCUGUAUUACUUUGAGUCAGACAGAGAUAUUGGCCCCAAUGUCUGGGAGAACCAAUUUAUCAAGAUUGACACAGUAGCAGCUGAUGAAAGCUUCACCAGUGUGGACCUGGGAGUGCGGAAGCUGAAAUUAAACACUGAAGUUCGUGGAGUGGGUCCACUCACGAAAAAAGGAAUCUACCUGGCUUUUCAGGACAUUGGAGCUUGCAUUGCCAUCGUGUCCGUGAGGGUCUAUUAUAAGAAAUGCCCAGCCAUGAUUCGGAACUUGGCUGUGUUUCCGGAUGCAGUGACUGGUGCUGACUCCUCCUCCCUGGUCGAAGUUCAAGGUCAAUGUGUGGACCACAGUGAAGAAAGAGAUACGCCCAAGAUGUAUUGCAGCGCAGAGGGGGAGUGGCUCGUUCCCAUUGGGAAAUGCGUCUGUAGUGCUGGCUAUGAAGAGCAAAGAGACAGUUGCCAAGCUUGUGAGCCUGGAUUCUUCAAGCCAAACUCAGGAGACCAGCUUUGCGCAAGAUGUCCUCUUCACAGUCACUCGGAUGUGAUGGGUGCUCUCUUCUGCCAGUGUGACCCCAACUAUUACCGAUCACCUUCUGACCUUCCCUCUGCACCUUGUACCAGACCACCCUCUGCUCCAGUAAAUGCGCUAUCCACUGUGAAUGGAACCUCGGUAUUCCUGGAGUGGAGCCCACCCGCCAAUAGUGGAGGAAGAAGUGACGUCCGGUACAACGUCAUCUGCAGGAAGUGUGCUUGGGAGUCGAGUCAGUGCGAAGCGUGUGGGAAUCGGAUAAGAUUCAGCCCAAAGCAGAUGGGACUGAUUGAGCCAACCAUCAGCAUAGCAAACCUAUUGGCGCACACCAACUAUACACUGCAGGUCGAGGCAGUGAAUGGCGUCUCUGAUCUCAGCUUGGAGCCCCGGCAGUUCAUUUCACUUAAUGUCACCACUAACCAGGCAGCCCCAUCACAGAUCUUGGUUGUCAAGCAGGAAAACACCAGCCAGAACAGUGUGACCUUGAUGUGGCAUGAACCUGACCAGCCCAAUGGCAUUAUACUGGAGUAUGAGAUCAAGUACUUUGAAAAGGGUAAGGAACAACAGAGUUACUCCACACUGAAAGCCAGGGGGACAAGUGUGACUGUCUCCAACCUGAAACCUGGAACCCGUUAUGUAUUUCAGGUGCGAGCGCGAACAUCAGCUGGGUGUGGACGCUUCAGUCAGACUGUAGAGAUUGAAACUGGGAAAAUAGUCUCCCUCCGAUAUGAUACCACCACAAUAAUCUGGAUCUGUUUUGCUUUGGUGAUGGGGCUUAUCAUUCUCCUUGCAAUGUUUAUCUGCAGAAAAAGAAAAGGUGUAACCUAUUCACAUCCAAGUCUAUCGAGGUGUGGGUACAGUAAAGCGUUUCAGGAUCCUGAUGAAGAGAAGAUGUAUUACCAAAAUGGACACCUCAGAUUCCCAGACCCAAAGAUUUAUGUCGACCCUCACACCUACGAAGACCCAGGUCAAGCAGUCCGAGAAUUUGCCCGAGAAAUAGAGGCAUCACGAAUAAAAAUCGAGAAAGUUAUUGGCUCAGGUGAAUUCGGUGAAGUGUGCUACGGUCGUCUGAAAUUGCCGGCAAAACGAGAGAUCCCUGUGGCUUUAAAAACUCUCAAAGCAGGAUACACAGAAAAACAGAGGCGGGACUUCCUGAGUGAGGCCAGUAUCAUGGGACAAUUUGAUCAUCCCAACAUCAUCCGUCUGGAAGGAGUUGUAACUCGAAGCAAACCGGUGAUGAUUGUUACAGACUACAUGGAGAAUGGAUCGCUGGAUUCAUUUUUGAGGAGACACGAUGGACAGUUCACAGUGAUCCAGCUUGUCGGAAUGCUGCGUGGUAUUGCUGCGGGAAUGAAGUACCUGUCCGACUUGGGAUACAUCCACAGGGACCUCGCGGCUCGAAACAUCUUGGUGAACAGCAACUUGGUGUGUAAGGUGUCGGACUUCGGCCUGUCCCGAAUUUUGGAAGAUGAUCCGGAUGCAGCCUACACCACCACUGUGGUCUUCCAUACAGAGGGAGGAAAGAUUCCAAUCCGCUGGACGGCUCCCGAGGCCAUCACAUAUCGCAAAUUCUCCUCGGCCAGUGAUGUGUGGAGUUAUGGUGUGGUCAUGUGGGAGGUCACUUCGUAUGGAGAGAGGCCGUAUUGGAACAUGACAAACCGAGACGUGAUUAAGUCGGUAGAGGAAGGUUAUCGCCUCCCAGCCCCCAUGGGCUGCCCGGCAGCCCUUCAUCAGCUGAUGUUGGACUGUUGGCAGAAAGACCGCAAUGAGAGGCCCAAGUUCAUCCAGAUUGUCAGCGUGUUGGACAAGCUCAUUAGGAACCCCACCAGCCUCAAGAUUUUCGAGACCACGAGCAGACUGAACAGCCCGCUCUUGAACAGAAAUAUCCCCAACUUCACAUCCUUUGCUUCUGUGGAUGAAUGGCUGGAUGUUAUCAAAAUGGGACGCUAUAAAGACAAUUUUGCAGCUGCAGGUUAUUUAUCACUGGGUCUGGUAAUGAGAAUGAACAUGGAGGAUGUCCGAAGACUGGGAAUAACGUUGAUGGGGCAUCAGAAGAAAAUUCUCAGCAGCAUCCAGAUCAUGAGGACACAACUAAUGUGCGCAAAUGGCCCGGGUAUACAUGUAUAG